UAUCGACACGUCCACGUAGUGUAUUUCGAGUUGUGACCGCAUUGGCACCACCUUUCGUUAUGGAAAGUGAAUUGGAUGAAGAUGGUCAAUGCUUACGUGGUUUACCGUGUCAUCGAGUCUUAACAUCCGAUAAAGACAAUUUAACAUUGGUCUUCAACGAAAUGGAAACACACGAACGUUUAGAAGAAGAGGAAGAUGAAAAUUCUGGCUCGACUAAUCCAUUUGACUUUCGACAUUCAUCCACACCGAAUGAUUACAUCGAUAAAAAUGGAUUUCUACCAUUCCAACGUUAUAAAUACCGUACAAAUUGUUGUUAUGGUCUAGCAAUGGAUCUCCUCGAAAAUAUUGCACAAGAGCUCGAAUUUGAUUUUCGUUUAUAUAUUGUGGCUGAUGGAUUAUUUGGAACACAAAUACGCACAAAAAAAUCGAAACGUGAUUUAUCGAUACUCACGAAAAAAUCAUUAAAAUCACGAUAUUUCCGUGAUGGAAUUUAUAAACAUUUCGGUAAAGAAUUUCGUCAAUCGAUUGAUGAUUUCGAAGAUGAUGAAAAUGACGAGGAUUAUGAUAAUACGAAUGUGAAAUGGAAUGGAAUUGUUGGUGAUUUAGUUUCGGGAGCGGCACACAUGAGUUUUGCUGCGUUAAGUGUAUCGAGUAUACGAUCGGAAGUGAUUGAUUUUAGUGCUCCAUUCUUUUUUAGUGGUGUGUCAUUUUUAGCGGCACCCCAGCAAAAAACUGAAAUACCAUUAUUUUCAUUUUUACUACCAUUUUCCACGGAAUUAUGGAUCGCAAUAUUUACAAGUUUAAAUAUUACAGCGAUUGCCGUGGCUGUUUAUGAAUGGUUAUCACCGUUUGGUUUGAAUCCGUGGGGUCGACAACGAUCGAAAAAUUUUAGUAUGAGUUCAGCGUUAUGGGUGAUGUGGGGUUUGUUGUGUGGACAUCUGGUGGCAUUUAAAGCACCUAAAAGUUGGCCUAAUAAAUUUUUAAUUAAUGUUUGGGGUGGGUUUUCUGUUAUCUUUGUUGCUAGUUACACUGCCAAUAUUGCAGCCUUAAUUGCUGGAUUAUUUUUUCAUAAUGCUGUCAGCAAUUAUCACGAUCGAAGUCUAUUAAGUCAAAAAGUCGGUGCACCAAUGUCCUCAGCAGCCGAAUAUUAUGUACAACGUGCAAAUCGACAUUUAUGGGACCAUAUGUCAAAAUAUAGAUUAGAAAAUGUUGAAGAAGGUGUACGAAAAUUACGUAAUGGAUCAUUGGAUAUACUAAUUGCUGACACACCGAUUUUAGAUUAUUAUCGUGCAACAGAUCAUGGAUGUAAAUUACAAAAAAUUGGGGAUACAAUUAAUGAAGAUGCUUACGGUGUUGGAAUGACUAAAGGCUUCCCUUUGAAGGAUAGUAUUUCGGCAGUAAUUGCAAAAUAUUCCAGUAAUGGUUACAUGGAUAUCUUACAAGAAAAAUGGUACGGGGGAUUACCCUGUUUUAAAUUAGCUACGGAUAUGGCUCAACCCAGACCAUUAGGUGUGGCUGCCGUAGCUGGAGUUUUUAUUUCUCUUGGUGUUGGAAUGUUAGUUGGAUGUGUAAUACUUAUUGUCGAACAUCUAUUUUAUCGAUAUACAUUACCCAUAUUACGACAUAAACCGAAAGGUACUAUAUGGCGUAGCCGAAACAUAAUGUUCUUCAGUCAGAAAUUAUACCGUUUUAUAAACUGCGUGGAAUUGGUAUCGCCACAUCAUGCUGCCAGAGAAUUGGUACAUACAAUAAGACAAGGACAAAUAACUAGUCUCUUCCAGAAAAGUGUAAAAAGGGAACACGAACAGCGUCGGCGUAGAAAGAGCAAAGCACAAUUUUUCGAGAUGAUACAAGAAAUUCGAAGGGUGCAGCAAGAAGAACGCGAUCUAUCCACAUUAGAAUCCGUCACGGAAAUGGAAAUUGAGGAGGAUCCAGAUGAAGAAGACUUAGCCUCAGGUGAUGAAAAACGUUCAAAAUUAAGUCCAAAUAUAUUACGACGUCAUUUUAGACGUUCAAAUCCAAAAAUUGACACCACAUCACCAAACAUUAUAAAAUCACCAGCGAAACGUCUUUUUGUUAAACAAUUGUUCAGUCCACGGGCAAAAAUGAAACAAUCGAAAAGUUCAAGUACAUUGAAUGUACGCCGAUUUAGUACGGAUAGCGUGCUGUCAAACACAUUCAACACAAGCACUGCGGUCGGUAGACGAUUAAGUCGUGAUCCAUCAUUCUUACAAAGUAGUCCACCAGACAUAAACAGUAGACGAUCCAGUUAUUUAGAUGUCGUUGGUGGACAAAAGUUAAGUGCUGUCAAAAGUCCUGUACUAUCCAUAGAAAAUAUUUCUGAUUGUAGUUUAUCAGAUAAUCCAAUGGAUAUGGUUCGUAAACUAUCUGAUGUAGAAAGUAUUGGUAGAAAAUUAGCGACAUUACCCAAAUACACAAACAAAUCGACAUUAAAUGUUUUAGAUAAUGAUUUGAUUCGACGUAAAAGUGAUAUCAUUUUAUCGUCCAACAAUAAAUUUGGAUCAACAGAGAUUGUGCCAAUUGAAACAGCGAAGAGUGUCCAUAAUAUCCCGGAUUCAACGACCAGUAAACAAGAUCAUGACGAAAUACAAUUAAGUGUGGCCAAAACAUUAUCGAAUGAUGAAAUCAUGCGUAGAAAUCAGAUGACAAUUCAACAAUUACAGAAUAAACUAAAAACUCCAAAACCAAGUACGUCACAGCCGCAAAAGAAUAAUCAAACAAAUCCACAUAUACGAAUUGAAAUUGAAGAUACAUCAAAACCACCCUCAGGACCUCCGCCUUUAGCUCCUAAACCUAAAAAAAUCAAACAGCGUCAUAGAAGUUUAGGUGAUCAUCAUAAUACACAAAAUCAAAAUAAGCAUCAAAAAUUAGAAGGGCAUUCUCAAUCAUUAGAUUCAAGUCAUCCUCCAAAAUCAUCUCCCGAAGCGAAAAAACCUUCACGAUUAUCGAAUCCAUCACAAAAUCGACGUCCUUCAUCAAGUCGAUCAUCUAGCUUAGAAAAAUCUCGACCACCGCCAACGUCGAGUCGAACAACUAGCUUAGAUCAAUCUCAACCCCAUCAUUCCGUUCCAACGCGAACAUCAAGUUUAGAUACAUCCCAAGCACAUCAUCCCACACCAUCAACUCGAACUUCUAGUUUGGAUAAAUCUCAAUCUCGUCCACCACCAUCAAAUCGUACAUCCAGCUUAGAUAAAUCUCAAUCGCGUCCUCCAUCAAAUCGUACAUCUAGUCUAGAUAAAUCUCAAUCACGUCCCCCAUCAAGUCGGACAUCAAGUUUAGAUAAAUCACAAAAUCGUCGAACCACAAGCUUAGAUAAAUCAGACGGUAGAAGAUCUCGAAGAAAUUCAUCACGAUGCGAAGAGCAUGAUUUACCACCAGCGCCACCACCACCAAAUUGUAGUCCACGUAACUCGAACGGUAAGUCCCCAUUAGAACGUUUAUCGAAAGAUGAACUUGUAUUAUUAUGGCGAAGUUCUGAAUCAGAAUUACGUAGCCAUUUAUUAAAAGCAUUACGCGACAAAGAUGUGGAUGAUCCACCUUGAAUUCAAUUCGAUAGUGUAUUCAAUUAUAUUUUAUACUUUUUAAGGCUCGAAAUUGCCUUGUGAAGCGAAUUGAAUUAUUUUGAACGUUUCACCAUAUUGAUGAAAACAAUUUUAUAGCGUGCGCGAUUUCAUAU